AUGCCCGUUGAGAACAUUCAGUACUCCGAGAAAUACAGCGACACGAAAUACGAAUACAGACAUGUAAUACUCCCACAAGAACUGGCUAAGCUUGUACCACGACCGCAUUUGAUGACUGAAACAGAAUGGCGCAACCUAGGUGUGCAACAGAGUCCCAAUUGGGUUCAUUACAUGCUUCAUGGACCAGAACCACACAUUCUACUCUUCCGGCGGCCCAUUAAUUCAUAAUUCUACAACAGUAGUACAAAGAAACAACUUUCAGAAAUAUUUAUUGUACUUAAAUAUAAAUCAUAAACUUUUCUAGUUUGUUUCAUAGGCCAGUUAUUGUUAGUGGAAGAAUGAAACAACAAGCAACAAUGUAUUAUACAUAACACAACUAAGAUACCAAUGAAAUAAAUUUUUAUAUGAUUUUUAACAAAAACCAAAUGUGUGAAACACAAGAAUGAAAUUCAAAAGGAAAAAAAAAAGAAAACAUUGUUCUAGACUUAAUUACAAUUAGCAAUAACAAGUAUUUCUUUAGUUUUUUGCAUAAACUAAUUACACAGUCAAAACAUUAAUGUUACUGAAACCCCAAAAAGUGUUUACAACACCUCAUCAAAUUGUCAUUGGCUUUUAGUUUGUUGACCUUUCAUCAGUAGUGAUUUACUCCUUUAAUUAUAGGUAAUAAUAUUAAUAAUAUUUACAUAAUUAGUUAUCCUUAUUUUGGGCUUUGUUAAAAAAAUAAAUACACAUAAAAAUCA